UGGAGUGAGUUAGUGAUGAGGCUGAGCCGUAUCACCCAGGCACAGCCUCACCAAGGCUGUGCUUUCCUUCUCAUGGCACGGCCAUGGGUCAGCAGUGCUUCUGAUGGCCACGAUUUUUCCACAGGGCGCCUGAGCUCCACAUCCAGCACCAGCUCCUGCAGCUCAGAGUACUCUGGGGAGGUCAUCCCCCACGGCCCAGAUCUGCCCAAGUCUGACCCCGGCCAGUGGUGGGCCAGCUUCUUCUUUGGGAAGACAACUCACCCAGCCAUGACAACGGUGUCAGAGUCCCAGGAGAGCUUGGGAGCUCUGCGGGUGGCCACUGGACCGAUGGCCUGUGCGCUGGUGGCAGCCCCAGGUGCAGGACGGAGGCGCCACGUCAGCGAGUCCAGCGCGGGGCCCUCGGUGUGAGCAGGGCUCCCCCACCCUGGCAGGCACAGCCCCUCCCCUGUAGAGUAGUGGCUGCUCCAAGAAAAAGGUGCUGCUUUCUGAUGGAAAACUGCAGCGACCCCGACGAUUCCACUCCAGCCUUUUUUACUCUCUCCCAGUGUAACUAAGCCCUCUCCAAGACUUGGUAACACCUUUUUAUUACCUUAAACUCAUACAAUGGACACGAAUAAACUUGAGCAGCCUUUUAAAA